AAAUUUUGGAUUAGAAUGCCUGCGAAUUACAAGAGUUUUCUUCUUAAAGCCCCAGCAGUGUGCUCUUAAAUAAAAGUUUUCUUUAUUGCCAGUUGAAAGCUGUCCUUGCCAAAAAAAUUAAAAAAAAAAAUCUCCAAAACAUCAGGGCUAAUUUUUUUUUCGGCUUUGACUCUUUAAAGAAAUUUUCAUGUCAAACUGGAGUCAAUUACCAGCGGAACUUUUGAUCGAGAUCAUCGAGCUUUGUUACCUUGACAGACUUGAACUUCAAAGUGGGGUUUCUCAGCAGCUCCUUGUGUGUAAGAACUGGUAUCGCAUUGCUCAAACGUUGUUAUACAGGGACGUGACCCUUCUGUCUAUCAAACAACACGACACAUUCUUAACCUGCAUGAGCCGUUACAGCACAGGCAUGAAUCAGUUAGUACAUUUGUUUGUAGCGCCUUCCGAGAUCACGAGUGUGAAAUUAGAAGAGGAUUUAGGUCUCAUUUUAAACAUAUUGCCCAACCUACAACAUUUCCAUGCCAAACCACAAAAGGGAUCAUUCUUUGCCAGACUCUUGCUUGAACUUUAUUCUUCUUCUAACAGACCAACGCAAUUGCUUGAGAUACCCGAAUUUUCUGUAGAAUCGGAACAGGAUGCAAGAACAUACCAAUAUGCUGUUUGGGCCCUUAAGAAAACGCUCAAAAGCAUGAUUUUACCCGAUUGGUGUAUACAACCCUACCGCAUAACCACUCCAUUAGAAGACUUUAAAAAUUUAUCACACCUCAAACUCCGCGUCUCUGGCCUCUCCCAAAUGUCUGAAAUAGCCACAAUUGUCUCAAGAUGUCCAAACUUAACCAGCUUGAACAUUGCACGUAAUACCGGGUAUAACCCGUUUGGAGAGGAUCAAAUGAAGGUGAUAGAUACAACCCAUGUACAGCCAGUCUCCCAUCUUGUUAAAUUGGUGAUCGACACAAGUGUGGCUACUGCCAGCCCUUAUAUCAUGCGUCUUCUGAUGAAGCUAUUUCCGCAACUUGAAUCAUGGUUGAUGUAUACAGACCGGAAGACAACCCCAAAUCAUCAAUAUCAUGAUCUAAGUCGGAUGAUCCCUACAGAGGUAUGGGUUCAAUUCUUGACCUAUAUGGACAAUAUCAACCUGUUUUAUGGUACAGGCUUAGUUAUUUCUUCCUUUGAUCAAGUUUUGAGAGAGAUAUCAAGUAGCACCGGGUUCUGUAAAGAAAUUAAGGUAAAUUACAACAAAGCUAAUCCCCAAAGUGACAAUGAAGGGUUUCCUAUUUUAGAUAUACAUCCCAAGAUCGUCCGUGACAUGGAUUAUUAUUUAUAUGACAUACAUGAAACUUCUGUAAGCUAUACUCCAAGAGAACGCCGUAUCCAUUUACCGCAUGAGUCAUUGAUCGAGCAAAUUGGCUUUCAAUUGGAACAUUUAACGAUAGAUCUGAAUAUGGUGUUCAGUCGUCCUGUCGCUCCUAAUCACAUGGCAGGUUAUGGUAAAAAACGUUUUGGAUAUUUUAUCAAUCAUAUCUUUAUGCACUGUCCAGUUCUAGAAGCAUUAGUAAUUACGGGGGCAGACUUGGUGUUUUGUGAUGAUGGUGACAAGGAGGGGCCACCGUCUUUAAAAUUUCUUCACUUUCAAUUUUGUAAUAUUAUUCAUCGGUGGAAUUUUCUGUCCAAACUAUCUCGUCGAUUACCCUCCCGAUUGGAAUGGAUGGCCAUUGACGAGUGCGGUUUUCCUAAGAGAAGUGAUGAAUUGGCACCUCAUGUGGAAAUGCCAUUCACUGUGUUUGGUUGUUUGUUCUUAUCCAGAAAAAAAUUGCCAGUUAAAAAGUACUCGAGGAUGGUGAUCAAGAUUACAAAGGUAUCACAAAAACCACUCUACUAUUGCCUGUAUGAUCAACACAAGUUGGAAAGUCUAUCAGGUCAGGAAGAGUUUGAAGUUUGUUUAAAGGACAAGGAAACCUAUGCAAUGCAGAUUACUUGCUCUGAUAUCGAAAAGUUGUUGAUUCGAGCAUUUGGUUUUCGGAUUCUCAUCUUCCCUAAAGAAAAGGUUGAAUAUAUGGACGGUCAGAACUACAUAAAUUCUUCCCCUGUGUUUCAACAUGUUCUAAAAUAA